ACACCGUUCAUCUUCGAACAGCAAAACCCCUUCAGGUCUUAUCCCCUUCAUCUCCAACAUCACUAAAACCCUCACUGUCUGAACUCUGUUUCUCUCUCUAGAAUGGCUUUCACUUUUACUUCACAAUUCCACUCUCUCUCUUCAAACCCUAACUUUCUCUCUCUAAAAAAACCCUUCACAAAAACACCCCCCGUUCCCCCCUUCCAAUUCUCCUCUCUCUAUAACCACCGCAUAUACCCACUUCUUGCAACGGGUCAAGACCGAAACUUCUACCCGAACCCAUCUCAGGAUGACCCACCUGAAGCUCCAGAAGACACUGCCCAUGGAGUAUCAAAGUUCGACCAGAUUCAUAUCCAAGCUGCCCGUGCCCGUAAAAUUCAAGAAGAUGACUUUGAAAAGAAUCAGUCCACUUAUCUCAAUGCAAUUGCUGAGAGUGAAACUGAAGACCCGAAUGUAAGUGAUGAUAAUGAUUUGUUUAGUGAGAUUGAUAAAGCUAUUGCCAUGAAAAGAGAUGAGUUUAUUAAGCAAGGUCUUAUAAAACCGAAAAAUAGUAAAGAAAAUGAAGUGAUUGAUGAAUUAGAGCCUGAAGAAGUUGUUGAUUUAGAUGAGAUAAAUGAGUUAACUGGUCUUAGAGUUGUGGAUGUUGAGACUGAUGAUGAUGAUGAGGGAUUGGAUGUUGGUGUUAGUGAGAAGGGGAAUAAAGGCGAUAAUGGGGUGUCCAUGGAUCCGUCUUUCGAUUUGGAUUUUGAUAGUUAUGGUAAAGGGAAGGCUGUUAUAUUGGAACCUAAGUUUAGGAUGAGUUUGGCUGAGCUUUUGGAUGAGAGUAAAGUGGUGCCGCUUUCGGUUGCUGGGGAUUUGGAGGUGGAGAUUACUGGGAUACAGCAUGAUUCGAGGAUGGUGAACGCGGGUGAUUUGUUUGUGUGUUGUGUUGGGAGGAGAACGGAUGGACAUUUGUUUUUGAGUGAGGCUGAUAAGAGAGGAGCUGCCGCGGUUGUAGCUAGUAAGGAGAUUGAUAUAGAGGACACCUUGGGGUGUAAAGCUUUGGUUAUUGUGGAGGAUACGAAUGCUGUUCUGCCUGCGUUGUCGUCGGCUUUGUAUAAGUACCCUUCUAAGAACAUGGCUGUGAUUGGGAUAACAGGGACGAGUGGCAAAACCAGCACAGCAUAUUUGAUUAAAGGGGUGUAUGAAGCAAUGGGAUUGAGGACUGGGAUGUUGAGUACAGUUGCAUCUUAUGUACAUGGAGAGAAUAAGUUGGAAUCACCUAGCGAUGCACCGGAUGCUGUUUUGGUUCAGAAUUUGAUGGCUAAGAUGCUAUAUAACGGGACAGAAGCUGUGGUCAUGGAGGCGUCUUCUCAGGGAUUAGCUUCAGGAAGGUGCGAUGAGGUUAAUUUUGAUAUUGCAGUUUUUACCAAUUUAACAGGGGAUCGCUUAGAUUUUAAUGGGACUGAGGAGGAGUAUAAGGAUGCAAGUGCCAAGUUAUUUGCUAGGAUGGUGGAUCCAGAAAGGCAUAGGAAAAUUGUCAAUAUCGAUGACUCUAAUGCUUCAUUUUUCAUUGCACAAGGGAAUCCAGAUGUGCCUGUUGUGACAUUUGCUAUAGAGAAUAAAAGUGCAGAUGUUCAUCCCUUGAAGUUUGAGCUCUCAUUAUUUGAGACACAGGUUUUGGUUAAUACACCCCAGGGUCUAUUAGAGAUUUCAUCUGGAUUGCUCGGGAGGCAUAAUAUCUAUAAUAUUCUGGCUGCUAUUGCUGUUGGAAUUGCAGUUGGGGCACCAUUAGAGGACAUUGUCAGAGGAAUUGAAGAGGUUGAUGCGGUUCCUGGUAGAUGUGAGUUAAUUGACGAGGAACAGGCAUUCGGUGUGAUAGUGGACUAUGCUAAUACUCCCGAUGGCCUCUCUAGACUACUUGACUCAGUAAGAGAGCUCAAGCCUAAGAGGAUUAUUACUGUUAUUGGUUGUGUUGGCGAGGGAGAUAGAGGCAAGAGACCACUGAUGACAAAAAUCGCAACAGAAAAAAGUGAGGUGACAAUGCUGACAUCAGAUAAUCCAAAGAACGAAGAUCCAUUGGACAUCUUGGAUGACAUGCUGGUCGGUGUGGGUUGGUCGAUGCAGGAUUAUUUGAAAUAUGGAGAGAAUGAUUACUAUCCACCACUGCCUAAUGGUCAUCGUAUUUUUCUUCAUGAUAUUAGACGAGUGGCUGUACGUUGCGCCGUUGCCAUGGGGGAAGAAGGUGAUAUGGUUGUGGUUACGGGUAAAGGUCACGACACAUACCAACUUGAAGGUGACAAAAAGGAGUUCUUUGAUGAUCGUGAUGAGUGCAGGGAAGCUUUGCAAUAUGUCGACGAGCUUCACCAAGCUGGAAUAGAUACCAGUGAAUUCCCAUGGAGGUUACCGGAAAGCCAUUGAUUUAGUUAAGAAACCAGUAGCCUUGAAUGUCAAGAGACAACAGAAUGCCACCGCCACCGAUCCUGCUCCGGUGAAGGCAUAUGAUAGACUUAUACUUGAAGACAAGUGAUGAAGUGUCAUUUACAUAGAAUGAGGAUUCUUGAGACUUUGGACUGUGUCCUCAACAAAUGAAGCGCUGCAAUUUCAUCUCCUAAAUGAAUCAAAUACCCAAUUUUGUAAGCAGUUUUAGCAAACCUGGUGAAUGUGCAUAGCUGAUUGUAUUUCCCACUAAUUUCAGAUCCCUGUUUUAUUAUCAUAAAGAGAAUUAAAGAACAGUUUCGGUUAUGAUUUUCUCUUGUAACAUGAUUGAAUUCACUGAUACUGUAAUCUAAACUUAGGAAUAUUUAAUAUUUUGUAUUAAUGAUCAAGAAAUAGUAUUAGUCAUCA